AUGGGUCAGCUGAUAAAAUAUUCGCAGGGAUUUACCUUUGGAGAGGAAAUCCCCACAAAGUCAUUCGAAUGGGGUCAAUUGCGCGCCAAUGAGGCACUAGACCUUGAUUUCUCCGUCAUGUGGGGUGAAGAAGUCACCCAAUUCUGUGUUAUGUUGCACUUCUACAUCCAGAUCAUGCAAUUACCACGUGGAAACUCCACGAGGAAAGUAUUUUGA